CUGCUUCCGGUUUCGGCAGCAUGAUGGCAGCUUCCAGCGGGCAGAGAGCCGCUAUGAACAACAUGCUGCAGUUUAUGAAGCUCAUCGGACAACUCAAAAGGGUUCCUCGGACCGGCUGGGUCUACAGGAACGUAAAGAACCCGGAGAGCGUCUCGGAUCACAUGUACCGGAUGGCCAUGAUGUCUCUGACCAUCACCGACCCAACGCUGGACAAACACAGGUGUAUGAAGCUGGCUCUGGUCCACGACAUGGCAGAGUGCAUUGUGGGAGAUAUCGCUCCCUCAGACAACAUCAGCAAAGCAGAGAAGCACCGGAGAGAAGAAGAGGCGAUGAAACGUCUGUCAGAUCUUCUCCCAGAUGGACUCAAACAGGAGGUUUAUGGACUCUGGGAGGAGUACGAGACUCAGAGCAGCGCUGAGGCUCGGCUCGUCAAACAGUUUGACCUCCUGGAGAUGAUUCUUCAGGCUCAUGAGUACGAGGAGCUGGAGGGAACGCCGGGACGCCUGCAGGAGUUCUUCGACUCCACCACAGGUCGUUUCCACCAUCCAGACGUCCUGCAGCUCGUCGCUUCUUUAAACGAAGAGAGACGACGUCACAUGACCGACACAAAGACUUCUGGGAAAUCACAGACUGCUGCUUCUGAACAACAAGAAAACAUGACUUCACACAAAUCAUGACGUUACAAACGAGAAGAAACCUGCAGAGACGCACAAACACACAAACUGGACUGUGGAAGUUUGGAUUUUUGAGUUCUUCCAAUGUGCAGAAAAUGAAACGGAUGUUUUUUAUGUUUUUUCUUCUGUUCCGAUGUAAAUUCUCCAGUUUGCAGAGCUGCAAAGUUUACAGUUAAGCUGGAAAUUAUUUGUAAAUGUCAGAUGCUGGAGCUAAAAAGUAGCUGCUCAUGUAAAAACAGCCAGAUAAUAUAAAAAUACUAAACAAGUCAAAAAUAUGAGUAAAUAUCUGUGUAAAUGCAUAAAUAAAGUCACAUUUCUUUCCAAAAGGACUCAAAAUUUGCCCAAAAUGACUAAAAAUGGUCCAAAAUAACUGGGAACACAUCUGAAAGGACGUAAGAUUUAUGGAAAUGACUCAGAAAAUGUCCUGAAUGCAAAAUGCAAAAAGUAAAAAACUGUCAAAAUGACUCAAUAAAUAUCCAGAUUGACUCAAAAUGUCCACAUUUUUUCUAAAUUAAUCCAAAAUGAUGUAAGAAUUGUCCAAAACAACUUGGAAUGUGUCCUAAAUAACUCAAAAAUUGCCCAAAGUGAUUUAAAAUAUAUUGUAAAGGGCUUAAAAUGACUCACAAAAUGUCCAGUGACUAAAAACAUGUCCAAAAUACCCUGAAACAUGUCCUACACGACCAAAAAAAUGCCCCAAAUUAUUCGAAAUUUGUCCAAAAUGACUGGACACACAUCUCAAAUGACCUAAAAUCUAUCAAAAUGACUCCAGAAAGGUCCCAAAUGGCUUGAAAUUUGUCUAAAAGUACUCAAAAACAUGUCUGAAAUUACAAAAAAUAUCCAAAAUAACUUGAAAUGUGUCCUAGAUUACAAGGAAUUAUAUAAAAAAAAAAGGUCAAAACAUUUCCAAAAUAACUCAAAAUUUGCCCCAAAUGAUUUCAAAGUUGUCCAAAAUGACUAAAAACUCAUAAACUCACAUUUCUUACAUUUGAAACUGCUCCAUAUUUAAUAUGUUGUGUAUUUUAAAAGCCAUAAUGUACUUUGUAUGUUUCAUGGGUCAUUUUGCAUAUGAAGAGAAAUUAUUUUAUUUUUUUCCAGGAUUUUUCAGCACCAACAAGCUUUAUUCUCCAUUUCUAACACAUUUUGUCAUGUUCUUAUAAACAUACGUGAUCUGGCAGAUAUUACAUGUUAUGUAGCAGCAUCAUUCUGCUGCAAAAAUAAAAAUACUGUGGCGCUUUAAAGUUUCAGAAUUUGCCGUAUUUCUGCACAAUUACGACCUGAAACAUCAGAUUUUCAUAAACGUCCUAAAAAGCAGAUUAAAAAGAACCCAAUGUAACAAAUAAGACAGAAAUAUUAAACUUAUUUAGUUUUUUUGAGGAAAAUUAUCCGACAUCAUCAUAAAUUAAUUACUUGUGAAUCAUUUCCUUCAAUACAUUAAUGAAUAAAAGCUUCAUAUUUUACUUGAAUUGCAUUUUUUAAUCUACUUUUUUACUCGUAUGUAAAUCUGAUGAUGUUUCAGGUCACAUUUGUGCAGAAAUACACUUAAUUUUUAACUUUCCAGCAGCACAGUGAUGCAGUUUCUCGACAAAAUGUUAGAAAUCUGAUUUUGUUUUCAUUUUUUGACGUUUCAAUGAGCUCCUGUUGUACAGAACUUCAUAUUUCUACAUUUAUUGUUGUACAAAUAUAUGAUAUAAAAACA